AAAAGACCGGUGGAGUUUAUUUUUUUUUUAAUCCCGAAAAUCUUGUAUCGAGCUCAACAUCAUGACGAUGCGUCUCCUUAGACUGACGUUGUUCCUCUCGGCGAUGCUGCUGGCUUCCUCAGCGGAGGACCAAUCGAAGAGCCGUGAUAAGCGUCAGCAGUUGUCGUACCACCCGCGACGAGUGGGCAAACCACCCCCUUACGCAGUGCAAAUGGAGCCGCCAGUGCGAUACUCCCAGCGAGAUCCCCUGUACAAUCCCCUGGCAAGUGCCAAGAGUGAUGACUUCAUCUACGACGAGCCCCACCACCACAACCCCUACAGCUCCGAGCCCGAGCCGAUAAUCGAAAUAAUAAUCAAGGAGUCCAACGAGUCCCUUCCCACCCCAGUGCCGCCCACCCACCCCCCGGUGCGACCCACAAAAGAGCCGAUUCAGGUGUUCUACGUGAAAUAUGAGAAGCACGAUCAGGGGGAUGGAAAAUCGAAGGUGAUUUACGAUACGCCAGUGCCAGCAUUGAAUCCUCACGAGGAGCACGAGGAGAUAAAAGCCGAGGGUCAAAGUUACGACAAUGAGCCAGUGUCUUACGUUACCCCAGCGCCGGCCAAGGAGCCAACGACCACUUUGCGCGCUAUCAUACGUCCGGAGAGUGAGUCUUAUCACGCAGGUGGCAGCGGAAUUCGUGUGACAUUCGGCACUGAGCAAUUACCCCCGAACAGUCACAACAAACGAAGCGACUUAGAGGGGCAGAAAAAAGUCGCGCCACCCUCUCCGCCCCCGACGACUUCGAGAAAACAGCACGGUCCGUUCCCCCCGCCGCCAAUUCCUCAUCGCGUACCGCCGGCAUUUCCCCAGCAGCGGAUCGUCAACUCGUUUUCAUCUCAACAGCAGUUGCCUCAAAAUUACCCGGUCCAGCCGCAUUUCCAGGGACCUCCGCCGAGGUAUCAACGACCGGCGAUAAGUAUUCAGGGUUUACCGGAGGUGCAGCAACGCCUGCCGUUCCAGACGUUCAGUCAACCCCACCGGGUCGCCAUCAAUCACCCGCAGCAGCCGGGCUUCCCACCCGCGUUGUCAGUGUCACAUCAGAGUGUGAACUUGCAGAAUCAGUCGCCGCAGUUCUUGUCUCAACCGAGUUUCAUCGAUCAGGGCUAUCAUCAGCAACAGGUGCAGCUGUACCGGCAACAAGAGGAGGAGAAACAGAGGUAUCACGACCAGCGGAGGCAGCAGGAGUCCCAGAGGCAACAAGAACAGCAGCGGCAGCAAGAACUGCAGAAGCAGCAGGAGUUGCAGAGACAGCAAGAUUUGCAGAGGCAAAAGGAAAUCCAGAGACAACAGGAGUAUCAAAGAAUUAAACAAGAGAGUAAAAUUCGCGAGCAACAGCAGCAGCAGUUCAACCAACCCCCGAAUUUCCCACAGAAUCAUCAGAUACUGCUGAACAAUCGGGUGCAAUCCCAACCGCAAUACCAUCGCGAGGUGGAGAAACCGAGCGAGAUUUUGAAAGCGGUUCCGAAAUUAGAGCAGCAUUACGCGAUUAGAGAAAAUCCCCAUCACCCCGGGCCCUUCCCCCCCAAUUCUCAACAGUUGCCCCCGCAAUUCUCCCAGAAUACCCAGAACAACUUUGUACAACAGCACACACAACAAUCGCCGGUAUUGUCCAAUCAUGGAAAUUACGUGGCGAGCACGAUUGCGCCAUUGAGCCAGACGCCGAGCUCGCCACCGAGGCACCAGGGAAAUCAGCAAUUCUUCGCCCAGAAUCGCGGACAGGCGCAGUACCAGCAGGUGCACCAGCCUCUGGCCUCGGUGUGGGGUCGACCGGUGUUCAAGGAUAGUAAGCAGAAGAUUUACGCAACCCCGGUGACCCACACCACUUCACAGCCUAAGCCAACGCAGAGACCCGUUACAAGCACCACGAGAGCCCCUCCGACGACGACGACGACGACGACGACGACGACGACUGCAGCCCCCACCACCCCCAGGAACGAAGCCAGGAUCAAGGAGAACAUCGCUAAUCUUCCGGACGAAGUGCCUGACGAUAUCAGGCAACAACUCCUGAGCUCCGGAAUCCUCGGUAAUGCGGAUAUUCAGGUUCUCGAUUACGAUAAAGUCGGCGGUAUUAACAUCGAGAAUUUACCCCCCGAGGCGCUCGCCAAUUUCUACGGGGCCGGUGGCGGUGGGGUUGUAUCAGCUAGCGAGCCAGUACCGUCGAUCGCAAAGUACCAAAAAACUAGUGGAGCGGGAUUGACACCCAAAAAGGCGACGAGCAAAGUUGAACAGGCAACACUCAAGCCCGGAGGUGUGGAAAUGAAAGUAGUACGGUUUGACCCAAAUACGGCGCAAGGCCAGGCGAUAGCUGAUCAGCACAUACGUGAAGAUGCGACCCACCUGAAACCGGUAACUGUGGGAUCGAGGAAUGAUGGACAGUACAAUCGUUAUUUACCAUUAAAAGUGAGCGGUACAUCCUUUCCGAUUCCCGAUGUAGCGGAAUUGAAGGAUCGCAAGAUAUCAAGCGUCGUUGUACUUGCACCUGUUGAUUACAGUGGUGAUGAGCUGGAGGUGGAUAGACAGUCGAGGAAAUUGGGUGAGCCGAUGCCAGUGAAAUUUUUAGCUGGUGACUCGUUGAAGCAGCUCAUUAAGAAACCCAGCGCUGAUAAUUAUAAGAAAUGGCUGGAGCAGGAGAGGAGGACUGAGCCGCAGAAGCAGUCUGUCGUGCUUCUGGUAACGACACCCAACGAUCAGCGCAACGGGGAUAAAGAGAUCUUCAUGUACGAUGUGACAACGCAAACUGUAAGCAAACUCUCCGGUGAUUUGUCAUCGGCUUUUGUGGACGCCGCGGAAAGCAACGCCGACAGUCACGAUAGCAUUGACGAUUCAUCCUUCACGCAUUGAGAGACGUGAGAAUUGGAUGAAGGGAAAGGAAGCAGUUGAAUGAGAAAAAGAUACAGGAAGGAAUGAAAAAGAGUCUGUUCACCGGAAUUGAAUUGAACGGCUUAAUGAAUGCCAUUUUGCCCGCCAAGGCUUUGACUCUGCGUUGCACGUUGACCGAAUGGGACACUUGUGAAAUGAUCUUUUGUAUUCAUUUUCUCACUUGAAUCAGUGGUGAAUGGAUAAAUGGUUGAUUUAAUUAACCGAAAGAUCAGGUUUUACUCCACGACACGUGUUAUGUAGAUAU